AUGCUUGUGUUCAACACGUUUUGUGAUAAGUUCAUCUUUAGAACAGCCAACAAACUUUGGACACAUCUUCGGAACAAUGACCAACAUUUAUUCGACUUUACACCUCGAACACCGGUCCCAUUCAAACCACCAGAUGCCAAUAUGUCGCGUGUCCGUUUUGCUGGAAUAUUUAAACAGGUAACAUCGAUUGGACCAUGUUACGAUUACAUACCGGCUCUGUACAAUGUAUAUUUGUCUCUCCAUUAUUAUGUUUGUAAUAACUUUGGCAGGAGUAUUUCGGUGACUUCCGAAAAGUAUGCAACAUUAUUUAUUAGUAAUACAAAAUCUCCAGAACAAAAGACUUAA